AUGGCGGUGCAAUCCCUACGAGAGAUCAAUGCAUACAACCUACGCACCUUUAAACAUCAUUAUGUGUCCGAGAUCUCAGGCUCGCUCGGCGACCUGGGUACGUUCUUACCCAUCGCCAUCGCCCUAGCGGCGAACGGCACCAUCUCUCUCGCCAGCACACUGGUCUUCUCAGGCAUCUUCAAUAUUCUCACCGGCCUAUUCUUUGGAAUCCCACUGCCCGUUCAGCCCAUGAAAGCCAUCGCCGCCGUGGCGAUCGCGCUCCAUUUCCCGAACGGUGCGAUCGCAGCAGCCGGUAUCUUCGUUGGCGCCUGUAUCUUCGUCUUCAGCAUAACAGGCAUUUUACAAUGGUUCGCCGAUGUCAUUCCCAUCCCUGUCGUGAAAGGUAUUCAGGUUGGCGCCGGGCUGUCUCUGAUCAUUGCCGCCUGCGGUAACAUGCUCCACCCGUUAGGGUGGAUCGGUCCCUCGUGGGCAGACAACCGUCUAUGGGCGAUCGCGGUUUUUGUGGCGCUGGUUACGACAAAUGUCUUCCGCCGAGUUCCCUUCGCGCUGGCUGUAUUCAUCCUUGGUCUGGUGUUUGCUAUUAUUCGUACCGCGCAGGCGGGACAUCUGCCCGGCUUCGAGAUCUGGCAUCCUUCCGGUAUGAGACCAACCCAGUGGGAAUGGGCUACCGGCUCUUUGAAUGCCGGUGUUGGUCAAAUUCCAUUGACGACGUUGAACUCCAUUGUGGCGGUUGUUCAUCUCGCUCAUGACUUGCUGCCGAACGUGCGCACUCCAUCUAUCACCCAUGUUGGGCUUAGUGUUGCCGGUAUGAAUCUCCUGGGCUGUUGGUUCGGUGCGAUGCCCGUGUGCCACGGGUCUGGUGGACUGGCGGCGCAGUAUCGGUUCGGUGCACGUUCCGGUGCUAGCGUCAUAUUCCUUGGUGUGCUGAAGCUCAUUAUUGGUUUCCUAUUUGGUGAGACGCUGGUUGACCUUCUGAGACGAUUCCCUGCGGCCUUCCUUGGUGUCAUGGUCAUUGCUGCUGGCGUGGAGUUGCUUAGUGUAGGAGAAAGUCUGAACACUACCGGUGCCCGAGAUCUCAACCAAGCUGGGCAUGGUCUUUUGGGAGGUGCUGAGCAGCAUCUGGGUCCCAUUCUCACAGAUGAGGAGCGAAAUCGUCGCUGGACUAUCAUGAUGGUCACAGUAGGCAUGUUGGUCGGAUUCAAGAAUGAUGCAAUUGGGUUUAUUGCUGGAAUCCUUUGCCACUGUGCCUAUGAGCUUCCUGGGUGGUGGGAAAGGAUACGAAGCCGCUGGUCUGAAGGCAGCCUACGCCUGCGCGACUAA